AUGCCAAGGCCAGAUUCAACUUCCAAACAAGGUUUGUUGCCAGGUUUCCGGCAGGAUCCUGCUGGAGCCAUGAAUUUUGCAGGAAAUUAUCCUCGGCCAUGGAAUUUGGAGCCUGCUGCUGAGCCUUUUGAACCUCCUCUCGGUGGGAAUUUUGUGGACGGCAAGAUAAUGAUGGCCCCUCAAUCCGUGUCCCUUCCACCACCGUCGCCAUCGCCACCUACACCUUCAACCCACUUAUCACAGCUUCAAAGAGGCAGGUUGUACUCUGGUGACGCUAGCCAUGAUGGUUCACCGGGCUUUGGGUGGCAGCACGAGAAAUGUGAUAGCUUUGGAAGUGGCCAAGAUUAG